UGAUUUUGCUUUGGAUGAGAUUAUUAUAUGGGAAGGUUUAAUCAAAUGGGGUCUUGCACAAAAUCCUACUAUUCCAAAAGAUGUUAAUAAAUGGAGUAAAGAGCAAUUUACAAUUAUGGAAAGGACUCUUCAUGGAUUUAUUCCAUUAGUAAGAUUUUAUCACAUUCCUUCAGAUGUCUUUUUUUAUAAAGUUUUACCUUAUAGAAAAUUGUUACCUAAACAACUAGUUUAUGAGAUUACGGAAUAUAAUAUGAAAGAUAAUUUAUAUUAUAAUUUUGAAAAUAUUCCUUAUAAUUUUAAUUUACUUUAUCGUGCAAGUAGGGAAGGAAUGGAUACUAAGCAAUUCCGUAAUAAUUGCAAUAACAAGGGAGCAACUAUUGUAAUUACACAAGUUAAAGGAACGAACCAAAUAAUUGGUGGAUAUAAUCCACUUGUAUGGGAUUCAAGUAAUUCAACAAAAGCAACAACAGAUAGUUUUAUAUUUUCAUUUGCAGAUAAAAAAGACAUAAAUACUGCAAUAAUUGGUCGAGUCAAGAAUACAAAUAGUGCAAUAUUUUGUGCUGGUACACUUGGACCAGCAUUUGGACCUGGUGCUGAUUUGUAUUGUACUAGUGGGAAGCAAUGGAAAUGCUCAUCGCAGAACCAUUAUUACUCAAUUAAUUUACCUUUCAGAACGUUUUUUGCAGAAGAUUAUGAAGUUUUUCAAGUUAUCAAAAAACAAUCAAUUGGCUAGAAUUUGUAUACAAUAAUUUAAAU